UUUAUCCCCGAUUUUACCUAAGAGACUUGAACCAAAAUGAAUUAGAACGAAUAGGUUGAGUUUAAAAUCUAGCCCUUCCGGCUGUAACACUAUAUAGCUAAGGUUAGUUAGGUACAAUACCUAAGAUCUAAGCCGCUUAUUCUGCCCUGCAUAUUUGAAUAGUCUGGCUCCCAAUCAUAUUUUGCCCAUCAGUCAUCAAUUCCCGAUUUGGUGGGUCGCCGAGUCUCCGAAGAUACCUGGUACAUAGCCUGUUAUGUACAAGACUCGUAUGCUACGGAGAAUCUAAAACCUUCCAUAAGACAUACAUAAAUCAAAACUUCUUUCCCCAAACUAAACAAACUUUCCAAUUGACACAAGUGUUCCACACCAAAUCAAUUGGUUACAACUCUUUCUUUUUUUGGACCUGUUGUGAUCGUCACUAUGGACGCUGUGCUUCGCCAGUCCAAGGCCAUGUGCCCCUUCUUGAAGAAGGCUUCUCCCGCCACUCUUCGUGCUUUGUCAACCUCUACUCGUCCGCAAGCUUCUCAAUGCGGCGGUACUAUCUCCAAGUUGCAGUUGCUUGGUCAGCGCUGCCCUGUUAUGGGAAAAGCGCUUGCUAUUCAAUCUGCCCGAGUCGGUAGGGCUCCGAUGGCCGGUGCCGCCGCAACUGUGAGCGGAAUUCGCAACUACUCCAGUCAAACGAAGCCGGGGAGGGCCAAGAUUCACACCAGCCGCUCUCACGAAGCCAGGCCAUUAGACUCCCCCGUGUUUAAUGCGCGCGAAUCAGUCCAAUUCCCUCCGUCCGUUCAUGCCAAUCGCAAAGCCAAUGCGACAACCCCGCUGAGCAAAUCGGCGAGCUCAGAUGGCAAAUUCGAUUACAAUGGCUUUUACGACGCAGAGCUCGAUAAGAAGCACAAGGACAAGUCAUACCGCUAUUUCAAUAAUAUCAAUCGUCUGGCUAAGGAGUUCCCCCAGGCUCACGGGGCUACUAAGGAAGAUCGGGUGACGGUGUGGUGUUCUAAUGAUUACUUAGGCAUGGGCCGUAAUCCCCGGGUCCUACAGCAAAUGCACGAGACUCUCGAAGAGUAUGGUGCAGGCGCAGGAGGAACCAGAAAUAUCUCGGGCCAUAACAAACACGCAGUCGAACUCGAGGGAACUCUUGCUAAGCUGCAUGCUAAGGAGGCCGCGCUCGUAUUCAGCUCCUGUUAUGUUGCUAAUGAUGCGACGCUCGCAACCCUUGGAAGCAAGCUACCCGAAUGUGUCAUCUUGUCCGACAGUCUAAAUCAUGCGUCGAUGAUCCAGGGGAUUCGCCAUUCGGGGACUAAAAAGAUGGUCUUCAAACAUAACGAUUUGGAGGAUCUUGAGGCCAAGUUAGCUUCUCUGCCGCUCCAUGUCCCUAAAAUUAUUGCUUUCGAGUCGGUCUACAGCAUGUGUGGCUCAAUUGGACCUAUUGAAGGCAUCUGCGAUCUGGCUGAUAAAUACGGAGCCAUCACUUUCCUCGACGAAGUCCAUGCUGUUGGCAUGUAUGGCCCGACAGGUGCCGGUGUUGCCGAACACUUGGAUUACGAGGCCCACAAACAAGGUAGACCUGAGGGAACGGUUAUGGAUCGCAUAGAUAUCAUAACCGGUACUCUUGGUAAGGCAUACGGCUGUGUUGGUGGAUAUAUCGCCGGAAGUGCGAAACUCGUGGAUAUGAUUCGAUCUUUAGCGCCUGGUUUCAUUUUCACGACAUCUCUUCCGCCGGCUACCAUGGCCGGUGCAAGAGCUGCCAUUGAAUACCAGAUUGAGCACAAUAACGACAGGCGACUCCAGCAACUGCACACGCGUGCUGUUAAAGAGGCGUUAGAUGCCAAGGAUAUCCCUGUCAUACCGAAUCCCUCGCAUAUCGUUCCGCUUUUAGUCGGAAAUGCUGAACUUGCGAAACAAGCAUCAGAUAUGCUAUUAAACGAUUACCAGAUUUACGUACAGUCUAUCAACUACCCGACUGUACCGGUAGGCCAAGAGCGUUUGAGAAUCACCCCUACUCCAGGCCAUACGAAAAAGUAUCGCGAUGAACUGGUCGCUGCGGUCGAUGAAAUUUGGACUAAGCUUGGAAUUAAGCGAACUUCCGAAUGGGCGGCUGAAGGCGGCUUUAUCGGUGUUGGUGAAGCUGGUGUUAAUGCCCCCGAACCUCUCUGGACUGAUGAGCAACUCGGAAUCGAUCAACAAAUCGCCAAAGAAAUCAAGGAAUCGAAGCCAGCUAACGGUUUUAUGGAAACUCUGCUCGAACGCGAGAACCUGGCUACGGGCGUGAGCGCUACCGCCUAAUUGCAUUCUAGUCUCGAUAGAGACAGAUAUACAUCCGCAAAAGGGGAGCUCAUCGGACCUAAUUCACGUUCUUUCGGGCGUAGCGGAAGGAUUGAUACUGUGCGAUACUAAAAUUUUGAUCUGAUUCGAACAUAGCCCGUACUACUAAGACUAUCGUCUUAAAGUAAAGUACCGAGGCCAACCAUAUAGCUGAAACCAACAGUAUUUACAGAACAAUACAAUCAGCGCCAUCUCGCCAGUCGAAUGGAUAACGCUCAUUGAACUUUA